UCGAGCUGGCGCCAGGGCGGUCGGAGGAUGCAGAGGGGACGGAGCCCGGCGCGCCUGAGGCCAAGGCGCUCGCUGUCCCUCAAUCCUACCCAGUGAGCCACGCCAGCCGCCUGACCCUUUGCCCCUAGGCUCUUGACUCCCGGGGCUCCUGCGGUGUUGUCCCCCAUCUGAGACUGUGUCUGUCCGUGGCUCUGCGUGUGGCCGCUGCUGCCUCCUCCCCGAACCUGAACCCGAGCCUCCGCCACUGGCUAUGGAGGUGACGCCGGAGCAGCCGCGCUGGAUGGCUCAUCCCGCAGUGCUGAAUGCGCAGCACCCCGACUCUCAUCACCCGGGCCUGGCGCACAACUACAUGGAGCCUGCGCAGCUGCUGCCUCCGGACGAAGUGGACGUCUUUUUCAACCACCUGGAUUCGCAGGGCAACCCCUACUACGCCAACUCGGCCCACGCGCGAGCGCGCGUCUCCUACAGCCCAGCUCAUGCCCGCUUGACCAGCGGCCAGAUGUGCCGUCCACACUUGUUGCAUAGCCCUGGGUUGCCCUGGCUGGACGGGAGUAAAGCAGCCCUCUCUGCUGCUACAGCACACCACCACAACCCCUGGACUGUGAGCCCCUUUUCCAAGACACCGCUGCACCCCUCAGCUGCUGGAGGCCCUGGAGGCCCCCUCUCCGUGUACCCAGGGGCAGGGAGUGGGAGUGGGGGAGGCAAUGGGGGCUCUGUGGCCUCCCUCACCCCCACUGCAGCCCACUCUGGCUCCCACGUUUUUGGCUUCCCACCCACACCACCCAAGGAAGUGUCUCCUGACCCCAGCACCACCGGGGCUGCCUCCCCAGCCUCCUCUUCCGUGGUGGGUAAUGCAGCCCGAGGAGAGGACAAGGAUGGUGUCAAGUACCAAGUUUCACUGGCUGAGAGCAUGAAGAUAGAAAGCAGCAGUCCCCUGCGCCCAGGCCUGGCUGCUGUGGGCACCCAGUCUGCCACACACCACCCCAUUCCCACCUACCCCUCAUAUAUGCCAGCUGCCACCCAUGACUACAGCAGUGGACUUUUCCAUCCUGGAGGCUUCCUAGGUGGCCCUGCCUCCAGCUUCACCCCUAAGCAACGCAGCAAGGCACGCUCUUGCUCAGAAGGCCGGGAAUGUGUCAACUGUGGGGCCACAGCUACUCCUCUCUGGCGGCGAGAUGGCACCGGCCAUUACCUGUGCAAUGCCUGCGGGCUCUACCACAAGAUGAACGGGCAGAACCGGCCACUUAUCAAGCCCAAACGGAGACUGUCAGCUGCCAGGAGGGCAGGCACCUGUUGUGCAAAUUGUCAGACGACAACCACCACCUUAUGGCGCAGAAACGCCAAUGGGGACCCUGUCUGCAAUGCCUGUGGCCUCUACUACAAGCUGCACAAUGUGAAUAGGCCACUGACCAUGAAGAAGGAAGGGAUCCAGACUCGAAACCGGAAGAUGUCCAACAAGUCCAAGAAGAACAAGAAGGGGGCAGAGUGCUUUGAAGAGCUGUCCAAGUGUAUGCAGGAGAAGGCCUCCCCCUUUAGCGCCGCUGCCCUGGCUGGACAUAUGGCACCUGUGGGCCACCUCCCACCCUUCAGCCACUCUGGACACAUCUUGCCCACCCCAACUCCCAUCCAUCCCUCCUCCAGCCUCUCCUUUGGCCACCCCCACCCAUCCAGCAUGGUGACCGCCAUGGGUUAGGGAUAGCUCUCCAUGAAUGGACAGAUAGAUGCAGAGGAGGGUGGCCUGCAAUUGAAGGCUGGAUGGUCCCAAGAUGGGUAGACCAAAACCUUACCUAUCUGCCCUUCUGCAAAGACUGAUGCCUCUCUUAUCAGCCCAGCCUGAGCCCCUUCCUGCCUCACCUGUGGGUGCUCUGCUCAGCAGUUACCAGUUACCAUGAAGAUUCUCAGUGGGGCUGAGAGGUCAUCUCGGCCAAGCUGCUACCCAUUUGGGGUUCCCAUCACAGACAAUUGUUUGGAGAGCAGAAAGGAUCACUUUAUGAAGAGAGAAGGUGAGGGUAGGGGACAAACAAAGGAAACCAGUUUUUGAAGGAAGAGAGUAGGCAAAAUAAUUUAUUUUUGCUUUUUUCUAACAAGGACUGGGGAACUUGGUAGGUCUGAGCCACCCCUGGCUCUCCCCAUCUUCCUCAGCUUGGCCUUUUGUCAACUUGCCAGGGCUCUGAGGAAGGACAGGUCUGGGAGGGACUUAAGCCUGCACCUUCUCAGGCUUCCCUCUCUAAAAUGCUGAGCCCCAGACUGAGUCUAGCCAAUCUAGAAGUCAUAGCCUACCAGAGGCUAAGCCGAUGUGUGCCCUGCUGAUGGACCCUGGAGAGUAGAGACAAUCAUAGGCGGUCCUACAUGUAUUCCCAGGCCAGGGCUGGGUCACAGGAAGGAAACAACAUUUUCUUGAGAGGGGAAAUGUCUCCCAGCACGCUCCCCUAGCUCUGAAGCUGAAACUGGUAUGAUCUGUGUCCCUUUAACACUAGAACCACAGCCUGCCUACUCUGCCAGGUGGACCCCUGUACAUACAUCCUUUUUCUGCUCACCUCUUGAACCCCUUCCUUCCCACUAUGAAACAAAAGAAAAAAAUAUUUUUUAAAAAACUGCAUAAGCUUAACUCAUUGAUGAGUUAUUUUAAUUUUAAACUCUUUUCAGGUCCAGUCAAUUAAACUUUGCUACAGAAGCCUUUGUUAUGGAAAGGAAUAAAACCUACAAGUCAAGGCUGUAGCUUUGCAAUUAUUUUUGGAAAAGUUUUUGGAUCCCACAGUCCUAGAAUGGGGAACUGGGGACCAGAGGCAGGGCCUUGGCUUCUAGGGGUUGGUAUGGCAGGUGGCAAAGGGGUGUGAGUCAGAGACAGGAUUGAAAGAGAGGCCAUGACCCUGCUGGGGUCCAGGAGACCUGGAUUCUGCUCUGCUUUGCCAUGGCUGUCUGGAUCCUUCCCAAGGUACAGUUGUACAUAAUCUUGUCUGAGUUUAGAUUCUGUGUGCGUUAGUGGUGGGGUUUGGUGGCUGGAGAGGGCCAUGCCCAGGAAGAGAAUUGUGCUGAUGUGUAGUUGACCAAGUGCAAUAAGGGCUGGCGAUUGCUGCCGGGGGCACUACCACCAGAAGUAACUUAUUUUGUAUUAGCAUCCACAUAAGAAGAAUCAACAGUAUUUUCUGUUUUUAUGUUUUAUUUGGCUUGUUUUAUUUUGGAUUAGUGAACUAAGUUAUUGUUAAUUAUGUACAACAUUUAUAUAUUGCCUGUAAAAAUUGUAUGCUAUCCUUAUAUGCCUUUAAAGUGAA